CUAAGUAUAGCCGGCGGAGCAGCUUGUUAAACUCGGGACUGUCCCUGCUAAACCGAGACGCAUGUUAAGUCUAGUUUUAGCAACAUACGCGCCAAGUAAGUUCACACGAUUUAUUGCACCAGUAGGCGUAACCUCACCUUCCGUUUUGAGUGAGCAACGGAGAUCGGCAGUCUCGUGUUUACCUAAGAUACGCACGCUUUGGUUUUACAUCCUUGUAGCAGAAAGCUAGUUUACCAUGAAUUCCAUAAUAGUUAGCGAAAAGUUGAAGCUGAAAGUUUUAAAUCCUUUGGAAGACGCAGAAAUAGCUUUCUCAAUUGUUCAGAUAAAUCGCGAGUAUCUAGAAAAAUGGCUUCCUUGGGUAGGAAUGACGACUUGCGUUGAAAACGAAAUAAAUUACAUGAAGGGAGCUCUAGAACGUUUCCAAAAUGGCCUAGGCCUGGAAAUGGGAAUCUUUGAACGAAAUACGGAGGGAGGGAACGAAAUAUUGAAUUUCAUUGGAAUGUGUGGAAUUGUGCGAAUUGACAGACAGAAUGAGGAAAGUCAGUUUGGUGAAAUCGGUUAUUGGUUGGAUUAUGAGCAUCGAGGACAAGGCAUUAUAACAAAGUGUUGCGAAAAACUCGUUGAAUUUGCUUUCAAGACUUUGAACCUAAAUCUCCUGAAAAUAGUGGCGCAUCAGGACAACCAGGCAAGUAUAUCAGUAGCCAAACGAUUGAAAUUCACACUCACUGAUGAAAAAGCGAAGGAUUGUCAUCCAAAGUAUCACAGAGACCCAACCAAAUUACUCAUAUUUGCCAAGUACAAGAAAGAAUGGGCAAAUAUUUCGUAGAUGUCUUUUUCACAUAAAAUUAUUUUUAAGAAACCACUAAAUUUGAUAUGUGAUAAAUGUAGUAUAUUAUUAAAAUUUAGCGGACUUUGUUGCGCUAGAAUUUACGAAAAAUAUUAGUAGACCACUAACAACAAAUUCAUGUUCGGGUCAUGAAAUUUAGCCUUCACCUUUUCUCAGAAUCCCUCAUAUUUCCCGUUUAUGAAUAUAUGCUCGGAUCUCUCCAUGUGACUCGACACAGAAUUCCAAUUUCAAACCUUACAUUUAUAGCUAAGGCAGCGCCGGAUUAACCAUUAAACAAU